GCACGAUGAUGCCUGCCAGGGUGCUGGGGUUGCUCCUCAGUUUGCAGCUCUGCAUGGGCAGUGAGGAGCUGCGGCUGGUGGAUGGCGGUGGACGCUGUGCCGGUCGGGUGGAGGUGAAGCAUGAAGGCGAAUGGGGAUCCGUCUGCAGCUACAACAUCCAGUGGAGCAUGCAAGCAGCCACUGUGGUGUGUCGUCAGCUGGGCUGUGGCACGGUGGCCCAUAGGUCCCCAUAUGCCCCAUUUGGGCAGGGCAAGGGACGCAUCUGGCUUCAUCCUUACUUCUGCGAUGGCACUGAGACCAAGCUGCAGAACUGCCUUCACUUUGGCUUUGGGAAUCACUUCUGUGGCCAUGAUCGGGAUGUUGGGGUGAUCUGCACAGAGGCGCUGGAGCUGCGGCUGGUGGAUGGUGGGGGACCCUGUGAGGGGAGAGUAGAGAUGAAGCUGCGGGGACGCUGGGGCACAGUGAGUGACUUUGGCUGGAACAUGAAUCAUGCCGAGGUGGUGUGCCAGCAGCUGGGUUGUGGCUCGGCUUCUCACACCACAUUUACGUGGGGUAUUUCGCAAGUCCACACUCCUCUUAUGUUGGCCAUUGAAAACUGCAAUGGGAACGAGAAGACCAUCUGGGACUGCAACAUUUUUGGUUGGGGUCCCUACAAUACUCCUCGUUUUUAUAAUGCAUCUGUGGUCUGCCAAGGGUUCUCCCGGCUGGCCGGAGGGGACAGUGAGUGCUCAGGGAGACUGGAGGUGCGGCAGGGCCAGGCCUGGGUCAGCGUCUGUCACGGCCAUGUGGACCUCAUGGCCGCCCACGUUGUCUGCAGAGAGCUGGGCUGUGGUACAGCACUGGCCCUAUAUGGGACUGAGCAAUUUGGUGCAGCAGAGGGGCCAUUCUGGCAUGGCGCCUUUGAGUGCAAUGGCACUGAGCCCCUCCUGUCCGCUUGCACACAGCGGCCUCCACACAUCCAGACCUGCACCCAAAACACAGCCAUCAUCUGCUCCUAUUACACCGGGUUCCGGCUUGUGGAUGGUGGCUCAGCCUGCACCGGGCGGGUGGAGGUGGAGGCACAAGGGGUGUGGGGACCCCUGUGUGCCACUGCCUGGGACCUGCCCGAUGCCCAUGUCCUCUGCCACCACCUGGGCUGUGGCUCUGCUAUCUCCCUACUCCCACCAGGCCAUUUUGGAAAAGGGAUAGGGACACUGCGGCGUGAUGCCUUCAGCUGCAGUGGGAACGAGUGGCACCUGGGCAAGUGCCCUGUGGAUGUGCUGGGACAGCCCGCCUGCCCCCCUGGGCACACCGCUGCCGUCAACUGCUCAGGUGUCACCGAGCCCCUGAGGCUCCACGGUGGGGAAAGCCGUUGUGACGGACAGCUGGAGGUGGCCGUGCGCCCCGGUGCCUGGGCCCGUGUGUCUGUGGGGCUGUGGGACAAUGGCACUGCCACCGUGGCCUGCCGGCAGCUGGGCUGCGGUGUGCCUGAGAAAAUCUACGCUGCGCCGGCCAAUGGCUCGGGCCCCAUGGAGCUGCAGGAGCUGCGCUGUGUGGGCACCGAGGGGCUCGUGGCACAGUGUAACAUUUCAGGGAUGGCCACAGAGCUCAGCAGGAGCCCUGAGGAUCUGGCCAUUGCCUGCUCAGGAAGCAAGCAGCUGAGGCUGGUAGGCGGCCCGGGGCGCUGUGCCGGCAGGGUGGAGGUGUACAGCGAGGGCAGGUGGGGCACCGUCUGCCAGGACACCUGGACCCUGCAGGAUGCCACCGUCGUCUGUCGCCAGCUGGGCUGCGGAUGGGCCCUGGAGGCACCUGGCUCCGAGCGCUUUGGGCCUGGCACCGGGACGCUGUGGCCAGGUGCCGGGGGCUGCUCUGGCACAGAGGAUGCUCUGUGGCACUGCGCAGCCCCAGUGCAGCGUGGCUGCCAGAUUGGAGGUGGAGCGGGCGCUGUGUGCUCAGGGCUGCUGGACCUGCGGCUGACGGGAAAGAGCAGCAGAUGCAGUGGAUACCUGGAGGUGCUGCAUGAGGGGACGUGGGGUCCUGUUUGUGCCAACGGCACCAGCCCUGCCACGGCCACUGCCGUCUGCCGCCAGCUGGGAUGUGGCUCUAAGGGGGAGCUGGGAGAACCAGUCUCUGCAGAGGGCUUAGAACCCGCCUGGCUGAGCUGGGUGAGUUGUGAGGAGGGAGCCCGCUCGCUCUGGCGCUGCCCCUCAGCGCCAUGGCAGCUGCAGGAAUGCGACACCACUGGGAUCACCUACAUCUCCUGUGACGAGGACGCCAGGGACAGCAGUGAGGCUACCAGCCCAGCCCCAGCUCUCACCCACAGCGCCGUCCCGCUGACUGCAGCGCCAAGCAGGGUGUCAGCACUCACGGUGCUGUGCGUGGUCCUGGGGACGCUGCUGUGCCUGGCCCUGGCCGCCCUGGCAGUCCUGGCACACCGCACUCGGGCCCAGAGCCAAGGCCCCAGCAAGGAUGCUGCCUCUGAGGUUGUGUAUGAGGAGCUGGACUACAGCCUGAUGCCUGAUUACCAGGAGGUGCCCAGCCACACAGGCUCCCUGUCCCAGGGCUCAGGGAAAAAGGUGUCGGAACCCAGUGGGGACGGUGCAGAGGAGAGCAACCUCCAGGUGUCCCCAGACCCCCUUGCUGAGCCCCAUCACAGCCCCUCACAUGGCUACGAUGAUGCUAUGGCUGUGCUGGAGGUGUCCGUCUCUCCCCACCUCGGGGACGCUCCAGCACAACCACCCGAGGACACAGGAUAUGACGACGUUGGUGUCAGCACCCUGGGGACAUCGCUAGCCGCAGCCCCUACUCAGGGACAUGCGCAGCACCCAGGCAGGCUGGCUCCCCUUGGUGAUACACAGGCAGUGAGCCCCGUGGUGGGGCUGCGUGACGCCAGAAGCGGAGACAAGUCUCAUAUUUGGGCACGAAGCAGGUUAUUGGAGGCUGGGACCCAGCAGGCGGCUGAUAACCCUGCUGAUAACGGCUCCCACCGCACCUCGCCAUCCCCAUUGGCUCCUGCCAGCAGGGGCUGCCUAUAUCUCCCCCUCCCCAUCCUGGGCUGCAGGCUGUGCAUGUGGGGCACGAUGAUGCCUGCCAGGGUGCUGGGGCUGCUCCUCAGUUUGCAGCUCUGCAUGGGCAGUGAGGAGCUGCGGCUGGUGGAUGGCGGUGGACGCUGUGCCGGUCGGGUGGAGGUGAAGCAUGAAGGCGAAUGGGGAUCCGUCUGCAGCUAUGACUUCGACUGGGACAUACGAGGGGCCAGUGUGGUGUGUCGUCAGCUGGGCUGUGGCACGGUGGCCCAUGCAUCCCCAUAUGCCCCAUUCGGGCAAGGCAAGGGACGCAUCUGGCUUCAUCCCUUCUUCUGCCGCGGCACUGAGACCAAGCUGGAGAACUGCCCCCACUUUGGCUGGGGGAACCACUUCUGUGGCCAUGAGUGGGAUGUUGGGGUGAUCUGCACAGAGGCACUGGAGCUGCGGCUGGCAGACGGUGGAGGACCCUGUGAGGGGAGAGUAGAGAUGAAGCUGCGGGGACGCUGGGGCACAGUGACAGAUGAUGCCUGGGACAUGGAUGAUGCUGAGGUGGUGUGCCAGCAGCUGGGUUGCGGCUCAGCUGCUGGCGCGUUCUUUGCCUCACAAUUUCGGUCAGUAGAUGGCCCCAUCAUGUUGGCCUUUAUUGACUGCCGUGGAGAUGAGGCUGCCCUGUGGAAUUGUAACAUUCGGGGCUGGGGUCCCUACAAUGGUCCUCAUGAUUAUGACAUUGCUGUGGUCUGCCAAGGGUUCUCCCGGCUGGCCGGAGGGGACAGUGAGUGCUCAGGGAGACUGGAGGUGCGGCAGGGCCAGGCCUGGGUCAGCGUCUGUCACGGCCACGUGGACCUCAUGGCCGCCCACGUUGUCUGCAGAGAGCUGGGCUGUGGUACAGCACUGGCCCUAUAUGGGACUGAGCAAUUUGGUGCAGCAGAGGGGCCAUUCUGGCAUGGCGCCUUUGAGUGCAACGGCACUGAGCCCCUCCUGUCCGCUUGCACACAGCGGCCUCCGCACAUCCAGACCUGCACCCAAAACACAGCCAUCAUCUGCUCCUAUUACACCGGGUUCCGGCUUGUGGAUGGUGGCUCAGCCUGCACCGGGCGGGUGGAGGUGGAGGCACAAGGGGUGUGGGGACCCCUGUGUGCCACUGCCUGGGACCUGCCCGAUGCCCACAUCCUCUGCCACCACCUGGGCUGUGGCUCUGCUAUCUCCCUACUCCCACCAGGCCAUUUUGGAAAAGGGAUAGGGACACUGCGGCGUGAUGCCUUCAGCUGCAGUGGGAACGAGUGGCACCUGGGCAAGUGCCCUGUGGAUGUGCUGGGACAGCCCGCCUGCCCCCCUGGGCACACCGCUGCCGUCAACUGCUCAGGUGUCACCGAGCCCCUGAGGCUCCACGGUGGGGAAAGCCGUUGUGACGGACAGCUGGAGGUGGCCGUGCGCCCCGGUGCCUGGGCCCGUGUGUCUGUGGGGCUGUGGGACAAUGGCACUGCCACCGUGGCCUGCCGGCAGCUGGGCUGCGGUGUGCCUGAGAAAAUCUACGCUGCGCCGGCCAAUGGCUCGGGCCCCAUGGAGCUGCAGGAGCUGCGCUGUGUGGGCACCGAGGGGCUCGUGGCACAGUGUAACAUUUCAGGGAUGGCCACAGAGCUCAGCAGGAGCCCUGAGGAUCUGGCCAUUGCCUGCUCAGGAAGCAAGCAGCUGAGGCUGGUAGGCGGCCCGGGGCGCUGUGCCGGCAGGGUGGAGGUGUACAGCGAGGGCAGGUGGGGCACCGUCUGCCAGGACACCUGGACCCUGCAGGAUGCCACCGUCGUCUGUCGCCAGCUGGGCUGCGGAUGGGCCCUGGAGGCACCUGGCUCCGAGCGCUUUGGGCCUGGCACCGGGACGCUGUGGCCAGGUGCCGGGGGCUGCUCUGGCACAGAGGAUGCUCUGUGGCACUGCGCAGCCCCAGUGCAGCGUGGCUGCCAGAUUGGAGGUGGAGCGGGCGCUGUGUGCUCAGGGCUGCUGGACCUGCGGCUGACGGGAAAGAGCAGCAGAUGCAGUGGAUACCUGGAGGUGCUGCAUGAGGGGACGUGGGGUCCUGUUUGUGCCAACGGCACCAGCCCUGCCACGGCCACUGCCGUCUGCCGCCAGCUGGGAUGUGGCUCUAAGGGGGAGCUGGAAGAACCAGUCUCUGCAGAGGGCUUAGAACCCGCCUGGCUGAGCUGGGUGAGUUGUGAGGAGGGAGCCCGCUCGCUCUGGCGCUGCCCCUCAGCGCCAUGGCAGCUGCAGGAAUGCGACACCACUGGGAUCACCUACAUCUCCUGUGACGAGGACGCCAGGGACAGCAGUGAGGCUACCAGCCCAGCCCCAGCUCUCACCCACAGCGCCGUCCCGCUGACUGCAGCGCCAAGCAGGGUGUCAGCACUCACGGUGCUGUGCGUGGUCCUGGGGACGCUGCUGUGCCUGGCCCUGGCCGCCCUGGCAGUCCUGGCACACCGCACUCGGGCCCAGAGCCAAGGCCCCAGCAAGGAUGCUGCCUCUGAGGUUGUGUAUGAGGAGCUGGACUACAGCCUGAUGCCUGAUUACCAGGAGGUGCCCAGCCACACAGGCUCCCUGUCCCAGGGCUCAGGGAAAAAGGUGUCGGAACCCAGUGGGGACGGUGCAGAGGAGAGCAACCUGCAGGUGUCCCCAGGUAGGGACACGGGCACAGAGGUGCACUGUGAGGACAGAAGGGCACAGGACACCCUUCAGAGGGGACAGAAGAAAACAGCACUGAUGGGGAGGUGAGGGCACGA